AUGCCGAAAUGGCGAAAGUGGGCAAUCGUUAUUAUCGAGUCCUCAAUGGCGUUGGCUGUGACAUGUGGUUCAAGCAUCUAUACCCUGACGUACGAUCAUCUUCAGCCUGAGCUGCAUGUCUCGAGAGAGGUGGCGACACUUGGUUUGACUCUUUACACUCUGGCGAUAGGAUUCGGUCCACUGUUCGUCGCUCCUCUUUCUGAAUUCUUUGGCAGAAAGCCUAUCUGCCUGGUAUCUCUGAUAAUGUACAUCGUAUGGAACAUUCCUUGCGCUGUGGCGCCGAACAUUGCCACAGAGCUUGUUGGACGGUGGUUCUCCGGUAUGGCGGGCUCUGCGUUUCUCACAGUCUCGGGGGGCGUUGUCGGAGAUCUAUUUGCGCCUCGUGAUCUCGGUCCGCCAAUGCUCAUCUACACAUUGAUGUCGUUCCUAGGUCCUGACAUCGGCCCAAUCCUGGGUGGCUUCAUCGACCAGUACUACCAUUGGCGAUGGGUCUUCUGGGUACUCAUGAUCUGGUCAGGCACCAUCUUGGCCCUAUUCGUAUUCAUCCCCGAGACCUACGCCCCGAAGAUACUCGAGAUGGAACAAAGAGCGGCGCAGAAAGGGAGUGACACCCAAGAGGAUACUCGAAAGCAGAAGAGCAUAUUUUCUAGCAUUUUGACAAGCUGCUACCGCCCUUUUCAACUGCUCACGCUGGAGUACAUGGUCCUCUGUCUAAGCCUUCUGACAGCCGUUCUCCUCGGUGUCCAGUACCUACUGUUCGGCGCCUUCGGCUACGCAUUCACAAAAGUCUACGCAUUCAAACCGUCUGGAGUCGGUCUAUCCUUCUUGGGCAUUGGAGUCGGAGCCAUACUCGGUGCUAUUGCCUUCCCAUUCUGGUUUCGACUGUCAAGGAUCAAGACUGCGAGGAACAACGGCAUUGCUGAGCCAGAAUUCAACCUCUUUAGCGUAGCGUUCGGAGCUCCUUUACUUCCCAUCUCGUUGUUCUGGUUUGGGUGGACUUGCAGAGAGGACAUCCACUGGAUCGUGCCGAUCAUAGCAAGUGCUCUAUUUGGAGUUGGUGGUGUCUGUAUCUUCAUGGGCGUCUGGUCGUUCCUCGUCGAAUCUUACCCGCUUUACGCAGCUUCAGCCCUCGGCGCGAAUGCAUUCACCAGACUCGUCUUUGCCGGGUCUUUCCCACUUUUUGGGGUGCAAAUGUUUGAAAAUCUAGGCAUUGGCUGGGCGAGUACGCUCCUUGGAUUCGUAGCUCUGGCUUGUGUUCCGUUUCCAUUCUGCUUCAUCCGAUACGGAAAGGCCAUCAGGGAACGAUCGUCGUUCACAAAAGGCGGCUAA